UUGUCCGCGUUUAUUUACUUAGUGUUUUUUUUGUUCAUGUUCCAAUUAGAAUUAGAUUUAUUUUCUUUAAUUGUGGUGUUAAUUUUUAUUCUUCUAAUUGUAUUUAGCUUGUACGUAGGGUACGUGAUUAUGUAUAGUUCAUCGAAAGCCUCAGAGAUUCAAACCAAAAUGAGAUUACAGUAUUUAGCCAACAAACUGCAAGCUCAUAAAUCAUUUAAUAAACAGCAGAAAACUGUUGGUUUAAGGACAAAAGUAGCUGCUUCUUAUGGUAAUAGGAUUCCAAUUCCUGGUGGAGGUUCAUCAGUUGUCAGCAGAGGAGUAAAAAAACCCGAAGUAACCAUUUUAUCAACAAGGCCUAAACUAAAUGUAACCGCUUCUAACAGGCCAAACAACACAGUAACAAGAACAACAGCCAGAGCAACGACGACAACAACCACAUCUAAUAACAGAUUUAAGACCAUAGUUAAAGUAGAAAAAGAUGAUGAUGAUGAUAUUCAGAUAAUUGAUAAUCCAACGACUAAGAGAAACACUACAACAGAUUAUAAAUCUAAGGAGAAUCCUGAUAAUAAGGGGAGAAAAAAAAUUGACCUUACUUGUAUUCGUAGUGAUUCAUCUUCGGUUAAAAAAACACCAGCAAUUGUUGCUAAUGUGUCAAAUAAAAGUACCAGAGUAACAUCUUUAGUCGAGUCAAUUAUUGCUGCUCAGAAAAAUAAUACUAAUGUUAAACCACCAAGUCAACCGUUUGUAGCUCCGCCGCCGCCCCGUCCAAAGCCAAUGCCCGUUUCUCAUCUUACCACUAAUGGAGAAACAUCUAGAUCUACACUGAGAAGUGGUACUGAUGCUAAAACUAUAGAUCCACCUGGAACAUCAUCAUCAUCAUCAUCAUCAUCUUCCUCUUCUUCUUCCUCUUCUUCACUCAAUAAAUUACCACCACUAUCAACAAUUAAACGAACUGUUAAUCUCAUUGAUAGCAACAAAACCAACCAGCCAACUAAAAAGGUUAAAAUUUACGAAGCCGAUAAAGGGAUAGCCCAAGUAAUUGCCGAGAAGCGAAGUAAAUUUGACAAUAUGACAGUUAGUCCAAUGAAACCUUUGGGUCCUCCACCAACAACAAACAGGAAGUUACAAACUGGUCCAACUUCAUCGGUACUGCAAAGUCAGAUCAGUUGUUUACCCAAAGAGAUUCAUCUUAAAAGUUUCACGACUGAGCCUGUUUUGUUGAAAAUAUUAGAAUGGAGUGUCCAAUGGAUAAGGGAAAGUAAAUCAUUACAUGACAAAUCACCGCCGGUUGCUGAUAAAGCGCUGAUAAAGCCACCUCUUUCUUAUACGAAUUGGCAAAAAUACUAUGAUACCUUUGAGCCUCUGGUUUUACAUGAGAUUUGGGCUCAGGUCAUGCAAGCAUAUGAUGCUGAUAAAGUAUCGGUUGUGAUGAUGUUUGCAAUUGCCAGUUAUGAGUUGAUCGAUGGUUUUCUUAAGCUAGAAUGUCAAACAACAGUGACAGCGCAAGAAGCCCGUGAUCAAGCUUAUCUAAACGAAGGUGAUUUAACGCUUGUUGAAUUACAAUCAGAAUUGAUGGAGAAACGAGUUGUUUUUGGUUAUGUUUCUGAAAUGGUUUUAGAGGAUAUAACAGAUCGAACUCCAAUUAUACGUACAUAUAAAGUUCCCGCUGGUCAUCGUGUAUUUAUUCGUUACACGAUAAAGAUCAAAUUUCGUCAAAUUAAGUUGGACAUUACACAAUUGAUGAGAGUACGUGGUCUUUAUUAUUUAAAGCCCAUGAUGAGAAAUAUCGAAGCUCUUUUGGCCAUUCAAAAUUCUAAAUUGUGUGAAGAUAUUUUAUGUCCACGAAUGGUCACUUGUCAGAUAACUGUGCCUUCCAUUGAUUUUAAAAGUUCAGAAUACAAUGAGUCCCAGUUAAAGGCCAUUCUAGCGGCCGUUGAAGCUGUCCAGCGGCCAUACACUAUGCCGAAACUUUUAAUGGUCCAAGGUCCACCAGGAACGGGUAAAACAACCACCCUAAUAGGAAUGAUUAAAAAACUAUUUGAAUCUUGGGAAGAUGUUAAUUCACCACCAAAGAUUUUGGUCUGUGCUCCAUCAAAUGGUGCUAUCGAUGAGAUUGCUAGUCGACUUUAUGGUGUACGAAAUUCACUUUCUCAGACCCGAUUUAAAAGAGGAUUACGAUUGGUUCGAAUUGGAAUGACCAACCAGAUACAUCCCUCUGUUCGUAAAAUAUCACUCGAUGAACUGGUAACCGAUAACAUGUCCAGAGCAAAAUCUGAUCUAACCCGUGGUCUCCAAGAGAAGAUUGAAAAGCUAGAACGUGAUGUGGCCGCUAAAGAUAGAAUGAUCGCCGAUUAUCGUGUUCAAAAUGACAAAGAAAAUGUCGAUAAAUGUUUAAGUGAAAUGUUCCAAAACAAUCGUGAAAUUGAAUAUCUCCGGAAAGAAUUGAAAUCAAACGAAAUGGCGGUUACCAAUGAUGCAUUGAAGAAAAAAUCUCUACGAGCCGAUAUCCUAAAAAGAGCUGAUGUUGUCCUGUCUACUUUGAAUAGUUGUCGUCAAUCACUUUUGGAGGGUGUUUAUCAUUUCGAUCGUGAUCCUUGUCAAUUUAACUGUGUCAUCAUUGAUGAGGCAUCUCAAUGCUGUGAGCCCGAGAUACUUAUGCCUCUCACUUAUACAUCAAUAUCUAAAAUGAUCCUUAUCGGUGAUCCAAUGCAAUUACCUGCCACCGUUAUCUCAACAAUUGCCUCUGAUUAUAAUUAUGAUCGUUCUUUGUUUGAAAGAUUUUUCCAUCAUUUUGGUGGUCACUCACCUUCUAGUCCAGUAUUGGUACUUGAUACACAAUAUCGAAUGCAUUCAUCCAUUUGUAAAUUUCCAUCGAAACAAUUUUACAACAAUCGCCUUAAAACACCAACCGAAUUGGAUAAUCGGCAAUUUCCAAUCAAACCUUACCUUGUUAUCGAUCUAAAAGGAACAUCAUUUGAUCAAUCAAAUUGUAAAAAUCUUUUCAAUGAAUUAGAAGCCGAUUUUGUGGCCAACAUUUAUGGUGCAGUAAAAGACCUUUGUCAACGUGAUACCACCGUGGGUAUUAUUACACCUUACCAAGGACAGAAGAAACUUUUAACCAAUAAAAUAGAGAAAAAUUAUCCUGAUGUCGAUGUGAAUACCAUCGAUGGUUUUCAAGGUCAAGAAAGAGAUGUAAUCAUCAUUUCAUUGGUACGAGAUUUUUCAAGGAAAGAAAAUGGUAUCGGUUUUCUGGGUUCACCUAAUCGGUUAAAUGUUGCACUUACUCGAGCACGACAUUCACUGAUUAUCUGUAUUUCCGAUAUUGGUGAUGUGAAUAAUAAUGUUUGGAAAAGUUUACUCGAAGAUGCGAUUUUACGUAAUGUUUUAAUCAAAACCUCGUGUCGAAUUAAAAAUGGCCUUAAAAAAUUGAUAACCAAAUAAGAAGCUGUAUUUAUAAAUCAUCA